CUUGAAUAAUAUUAGGGGUGUGGAGCGGUCAGAGUUCCUACGCGCCUCAGUUGGGAUGAUUUGGUGAGCAGAAGAAAACAGUGUCAACUGAGUUUGGAGUGGAGUGAGGCUGUUGUCAGUUGCAGUGGAGAUGUGACCUACACUGUGACUGCCACUCCAUAUCUGUCUCUGUCUGAAAUUUCCACCACUGACACCCAGCUAAAUACCUCUGUAAAUGAAAAUAUUGGUCUAGUGCAUAACAUCACUGUCACUACUGAAAUAUGUGAAGGCAGGAUUGUGGAAAAUAUUUCUCUCAGUUUAAACCUCACAGCUAAGAGCAUUGGAAGUGUCUCCUCCUAUUACUACUCAGUUCAUAAUAUAAUGACACAAGCCAUUGAAGCUGUCAAUGUCACCUGGCCAAGAUUCAGAGUCCUCAGUAACGAGACUGUCUACAAAUUGAUAAUUGAUGAUGAGGAAGUUGUUUCUGACGUGAGCGAGGAGAACUGUGGUAGAGAGAUGUGUGGCUACGUCUAUAGAUCAAACUCUCUCACUUCUUCCUCUACUGUGGCUGUGGAUGUGGUGGGAUGUGUCACUCAGAGAAUAAAUCCGGAGAACCUAUCCUCACUUUGUUCUCCAGAAGACCUACUGUUCCCUGGUGUUGACUGGACAGCAAUGCCAGAUUUUACAGCUGAUGGAAUGGGUGUCUAUUCAUUUCCUGGUGGAAAUGUGACCUACAAUGGAGUGUCCCUGGGAUCUACUGCCACAUACAAUAUUUCAGAAGAAUAUAUAAUCGAUGGAGUUAGAAGCCUGGAGAGGAGAUGCGAGAAUAAUGGCAGUUGGACCCAUCCUGAUUUGGUGAUCAUGAAUGCAACGUGUCCUGUGGAUGAGCUGACGCUCUGUAACAACCCAACUGUAAAGAGCAUGAUGUGUUGUGAUGAUCUAUGUACUUCAUACAGUGGUACUGCCAUUGGCAGUACUGCGAACUACACUACUACUAACGGAUACUGUAUUCCAAGUGAUUUUCCACCUGAGAGAACAUGUGGUGCUAACCUGUCAUGGAGUGGAGAGAUACCGACUAUAAAACCAGCCUCUCCACUCAAGCAGUUGAGUACUGCCGACAUUGUACUGAUAGCACUGGGGCUCUUACUCUUCCUUGCCGGAGUGGUUAUUUCUAUUGUAGUGGUAGUGCUAUCAUGGCCACAGGGAGCUACAAAGGAAGGUGGAAAAGAGGCUCUCAAACGGUGCUGCCGAUUGUGUAUCCUAAGCUGCUGCUGCCCAUGUUGGAUUCGAUGUGUCAUUCUGAUGAUGCUGUGUCCUCCGUUAAUACUUGCAAUAGUGCUGCCUGGUUUAGAGGCUAUUCCGUGGGUUGCAUCCUUCAUCUAUGCAGGUAUAAAUGAGUUCACAGUUGAUGGUGGAGAUUAUAGAGAUGGCAAUUCUUUGCGUAAAAGUCCCAGUGGAAGUAAUGCUGUCAGAGAUGGACUAUUUUCGGCUAGCUUCGUCAUUUCCCUGCUCAUCUUCUUGUUCUGGCUGGUCUAUCUCUCUCUAUGCGAUAUACAAAAAAUACCACUCAAAGCCGGAGAAACCUGAUGGUGGUGAUCAUGAGCCCAUAGAAAUGAGUGAAACAUAUGAUGUCAUACAGCGUAACACGCAACCUACCCAGAAGCUGCUGAGUGACACUGACCCAGCCUAUAAAAAACUUGAAAAGCGUGGUGGUGCUGAGGAACCAGCUCACUAUGGGAAGCUGGACCACAGUGGCAAGAAGACUGCUACAGUUGCUCCAGCAGUUGGUGAGGCUGAGUAUGGGAAACUUGACAGGGUCAGUCACACUUCCAUGCACUGUAUAUAUGUGAUCACUCCACCACCUGACCCACACCUGUAUGGACUAUAAUGUGUUCUGGAUGCGAUUUUAUCCAACUUCACCUCACAGACCCAGAUGCAGUCAGAAGAACCAGAUCACUACGGUAAACUGGACCACAGCGGCAAGAAGACGCCUGUGGCUGAUCCUGGCUCCUCUGAAUAUACAAGGUUAGAGUACAUGACCAGACCCAGAUGAAGGCUAGUGGCAGCUCUGCUAGAGGUGGUGACAUGUAUGACACAGUGUCCCAUGAACCUCGUCACAAAGUCCCUUCCUCAAAGUCGAAGAGACAGCACUCUAGCAGUGGUCAGUAGGAAUGUCCAUAGAUUCCAAGCAAACACAGAAAUUAGCUUUGAACAAAAUUGCUGUAAAAACAUGCACUUUCCUUAUCCUCACUGAUUAUGUAGCUUGUUACAUGUGUGUGUGUUACAUACACUACUGUAUCUAAGGAAAUUGUGCUUAAUUAAUUUUUGUUUGGUUUGUUGUCAUCACUUUUACAUUAUGUAAUUGUCACAGUUGUACAGAAAACAUGUGUAAAGUAUUGCGUAAAAUUGUAAUGCGCAUCACUAAGCAAAUAAAAAUUCGGUGAGAAAGGAGUUAAAUGUAUAGUUGAGUCAUCUGAGGGUUAAAGCUUCUCUAACCGAGGCGGUUUAUACAACGCCCCUUGGGGAAUUCACUGACACUGACAGAUGUUGCCAAUGCAAGCUAGUGUGCCGCCGCCGCGCCGCCACACCCAAAAUCUCGCGCGCCCACGUGCAAUUUCGCAUCGAAACUGGAACGUGGCCCAAAGGAACGGUCUCGAAAUCAGCGGUUCAGAAUGGAGGAUUUGUGUAGGGACACUAGUAAAGGGGGCACUAAAUGGAACACCGAACGUGCACAGGUUUUCACAGGGAAAGGAUGUCCCUGGCGGACACUAACGUCAAGUCCUUCCUGUGCGGGCGAGGUACAACAAAGAGAGCUGCAGAAAAGCAAUCCCUGGGGCGCUUCAUUGUCUGCACAAUGUCUGUUACGUGGAGUUUGGCCAGGAAGACGGUGGGAGGGGCUCCUCUUGGGAACGACGGAG